CUCUAAUAGUAUAUUUGUACACUGUGCACCCUGCAUUGUCUCGUAGCAGAGCAAAGGGAAAUAUGCAUCAUUAAAGUAGCACAGGUGAUGGAACAUCGUUUGAAAACACCGGGAGCAUAUAGGUAGAAAAGAACUAGAGUGGAUGAAUUUCAGAGAAAGACUGGAGCGCACAGCUUGCGGUCUGGAGUGCUGAAAGGAGCCGUUUAUUUAUCCGUCUGAGGAUUGCUCCUGGUGUGAAGAUGAGAAAAUGUGUUCUCCAGCCAACCUGAUGGUGUUUUUUUUAUAGCCAAGCUGCCCGUUUUCAGUACUCCUCCUCCAUAUUUCUUUUCGCAAACAACUCAUUGUGUACAUCGAGUCAGCAUGUAACAUGCAUGAGCAGUCAGUGCGAAAUGUUUUGUACAGAGAAAAGGCUGUGAAUUUUGUUUUACGUCAAUCUUAGUUGUUACAUUUCCAGGCAUAUGAUUACAGGAGCUGCCAGUCAUUCUUUGAGCUACACAAUGCUGCAUUAUUCAUCUGGAGCGCCUGAACACAAUAUGUCUGUCAAUGGGCAAGGAGAAGCUUCAGCAAGAGGCACAAGUAUGGAGGGGGACUGUCUCAUUUGCAUCAAGUACCUCAUGUUCAUCUUCAACUUUUUCAUUUUUCUUGGAGGUUCAUUCCUUCUUGGGGUGGGAAUCUGGGUGUUGGUGGACCCAACAGGUUUCCGGGAGAUUGUGGCAGCCAACCCUCUCCUGUUUACAGGAGUCUACACAAUUUUGAUCUUGGGCGGCAUGCUGUUCCUGCUGGGAUUUCUGGGCUGCUGCGGAGCCAUACGAGAAAAUAAAUGUCUUCUACUGUUUUUCUUCAUGCUCAUACUCAUCAUAUUUCUGGCAGAGCUGGCGGUGGCCAUUCUGGCAUUCAUUUUCCGGGAGCAUCUCACCAGAGAUUACUUCACCAAGGAGCUGAAAGUACAUUACCAUGGCACCAAUAGCACUGAUGUCUUCACCUCAACAUGGAAUGCCAUUAUGACCACAUUUGAUUGCUGUGGGGUGAACAGCGCUGAAGACUUCGAUGAUCAGAGCCUCUUCAGACGGCUGAACCCCAGCAGACUAGUGCCAGAGGUUUGUUGCCAGAGGAAAAAUCUGAUGAUGAGCAAGGAGGAGUGUCUCAAGGGAAUUAUGCCAAUCCGUAUCAAGGGCUGUUAUUCAGCAGUAGUGGACUAUUUUGAGACAUACAUCUACAUGGCUGGAGCCCUUGCUAUUGUGGUGCUGACUGUUGAACUUUUUGCCAUGGUGUUUGCUAUGUGUUUGUUUAGGGGAAUCCAGUGAUCUUAACAUGCUGUACAUUAAGGACAUUUUGAGAAGGAAACACAUGACAUGGAAGACAUUUUUAAGUAAGAAAAAGAAGAAAACACUUAUAUAUCUGCCAUCUCUAUGUUGUGGUGUUGGAAUAUCUGAGAAUUGCCAAAAUGUAUCAUACUUCACAGAUAGGAAAUAGAGGCACUUGUGAAAAACAAAAGCAAGAGUCAUUCAUAAGUUAAGGAUGGCAUCUCUGGCAGUCCUUUAAGGUCAAUGGAGGACACCUUGCACUGAUAUUUGGUUGAAUAUUUAUGGAUGACAAAAAGACUGAUUUGUACCAAUGUGUUUUACCUUUUAUUUACAGCACAUUGUUCAGCACUUCUUCAGGAGAAAAAUAAAACUACACUGUGUGAA